AUGGCUACCCAAACCGCCCUUCGUCUUACCGGCCGUGACUCUUGGGAGCAGCUUGCCGAGCUCCAAGAGCCCCGCCCAACAGCCGGAAAACAUGAAGUCCUGAUCAAAGUCCGGGGCGUGGCCUUGAACUUCCGAGACAUCGCUAUUUCCACCAGCAAGUACCCGUUCCAAGUCAAGGAUCAAGUUAUUCCCGGCUCCGAUGCAGCUGGUGAUAUCGUCACUGUUGGUGAGGGCGUUACUGGAUUCAAGGCAGGUGACAAGGUGGUCGUCUCCUUCGAUCAGGCAACACAGUACGGUCCCAUUAAAACCUGGGAAAACGGUCUAGGUGGUCCAAUCGAUGGUGUGUUGAGAGAGUACAUCUCUGUCCCUGCGCAUACUGUCGUCAAGAUCCCGGAAAAUUCCACCCUUAGCUAUGCCCAAUGGGCUAGCGUGGUCUGCACGGGUGUUACAGCUUGGAACUCUUUAUUUGGAGUAGUUGCAAUCAAGCCUGGUCAGAGUGUCCUGUUCCAAGGUACUGGUGGCGUGUCUAUCACAGGACUCAUUUUAGCCAAGGCGGCCGGAGCUAAGACAAUCAUCACAUCCUCUUCCGAUGAGAAGUUGCGGCGUGUCAAGGAGAAGUACGGCGUCGACUAUACCAUUAACUACAAGAGAACGCCAAACUGGGCCGCCGAAGUACAGAAGAUCACCAAUGGCCAGGGUGUGGAUUAUAUUCUUGAGAAUGGAGGCUCUGGCACUAUCAAACAGUCGAUCGAAGCUAUUGCCUAUGGUGGAGUUAUCUCGGUCAUUGGCUUCCUCGCUGCAGCCUCCCAAGAGGAAAUGCCCGAUGUUGCGACCCUCGCUCUGUCCAAGUGCGCGAUUGUGCGAGGUAUCAUGAUUGGCUCAAAGCAGCAGCUGGAGGACGCUGUUCGGUUUAUCGGCUCGAAGAAUCUUGAAUUGCCUGUCGAAAAGACGUUCAAAUUUACUCGUGAUGAGGUUGUUAAGGCCUACGCUUACCUCGCCAGUGGUCAACAUGUUGGAAAGGUUUGCAUUGAUCUUUGA